UCUUUGUCCAUGUCUACUUCCGCUGCUGUAUCGUUCGUCAAAACGCCAGACGGUGUGGCAUCCAUUUCAGUUUUGCCAGAAACUGCUGAUCAACACGAGGACGCACAUUCAGUUCCAGAAAGAUCAAACGAAGCACAAUCGAAUUCAUCUAAGAAAUCUCUAACUGGCUAUCUAGUAAAGCAAUCAGCAAAGGGGCCAAUAAAAUGGUGGCACAAUCAAUGGUUUGUGUUUGAUGAUCGACGGUGCAUGCUUAUCUACUAUCGAAGUCCUAAAGACUUUGCUCCACUUGGAUCUAUUGACAUCGCAAAAGCUUCCUUUUCGUUUGACGUUGAGAAUGUUGACAAAGGCCAAUUUAACAUCAGGGUGGAUGGUCGUGUGUUUAUGUUACAAGCACAGAGCAAAAAGGCAAUGAUGUUUUGGCUCUCUGAACUUCAGGAACGACGUCGUCAGUUUAGUCAGAGACAGUUACAUAUGCCAAAGAAGAAAUUAUCUGCAGCCUCAAAACAUCUGCAACCACGUGGUGGACUCGCUGGCUCAGCAGAAGAACUGGAAUCUCCACUGACGAGCAUACCGACUUCAGAUUCAGUAUCAUCAACAUCUGGUCUGUUUGACCUCUCAUUGUCAAGCCUUAAGAAUAUCUCAUUCCUCCAUCGUUCAGGCAGUACAGCCGGCCAGAAGGCCAGUCGUGCAGUGUUAACAGCUCGAGCCAAUGUGGCACAGAUGAAAGCUAAAGAGCAGAAACAAUCAGAGGCGAACUCACCAGCAUCCGCUCCGUUGAUUGACUUCACUGAUGGUGACCAAGAAAGAGUUGAAGCUCACUCCGAUGGAUCAGGAGGGAAGAAUGACGUUUCACUAAUGCAAAAAUGGAAAGGAGCAUUGGGAUGGAGUAUUAGCCUCGAGUCUGUAAAGAAGAAAAUGAUGAAACGUUCCACCACUGCUCCUACCUCCAACUCUUUACUAGACAUUCAGCCUUCCUCAUCUCCAGCAUCAUGCAAGACUUCAGAAGAUGAGAUUCAGACGGUUGUUGCACUGAAGGAUGAUCUUGAAGCUACAGAACGUGAGCUGUCAGCUAAAUCACAAGUCAUUUGUAACAUGCAGAGAGAGUUAAGAGAGCUACAACUUCAACAAAGCGCCACAGAGCAGUUCAUCGCAAAGUCGUGUGACAAAGACAGACUGCAGUUGCUCGUGAAGCGAGACCAAAAGAUAAUUCAAUUAGAAGAAGCAAAGAUGACAGCAGAAGAAGACAAACUUGAUGUCGAGCAACAAUUGAGAGAAUGUGGCCAUAAAUUGUCUGACGCGGAGGAGCAGUUGUCAAUGUUUAAAGAGAUGUUGGAGGCUAAAGAUCAUGUUGUGAUGAAUUUGACAAAUCAGUUGUUCGAAUUGGAACAGAAGGAUCCGGAUGACGUUACGAAGAGAUCUACUGACAGUAAUUACGGAAUUGUCACAGAAAGUGGUUACGUGCCACUUCCUUCAGACACCAUACAGCAGCUGCAGCGUUACAAGGACAUGUGUGAAGGAUACAAAAUGCAAAACAGUUUUUUGAAUUCCGAGGUGUUGGAACUGAAUCAGUUGAGAGCAGAUGAUGGAGAGAGAAUGAAGGAAUUAGCAGAAAGUGUGACUGCUGCUCAAGCUGAACUGUGCAAAGUGAGGAGUGAAAACCUUCUGUUAUUACAACCACGUCGCGGUGGUGAAUCAGGACCCAGUCAGGACAUGAUCAGUCAGUUGCUGGAGGAUGCGAUGGCUUCAGACUUGGAACUCAGUGGUGUAGAUACAGAGCAGAGGGAAGCUGCUGAUCGUUACGGUUUCAAGCACGACUUUCACAAAGACGAUACAAAUGCAUUCGAGAUUAUGGCCGACAGAUUACUCCAACAGUCUCACCGACUGCAAGAUACGGAUGCUGCUCAUGUUGUUCGUUGGGAGAACUACAUACUAAUUCACGAGAAGAAACCAUUAGAAUAUACGGCCGAACUGAAGAACUUGAUUCGUGGAGGAAUCCCACCCGAGUACAGGACUGAGAUGUGGACGUUAUGCGUACAUUCUUUGACACAAGAUAUCAAGGCAAAGAAAGGCAGCGGCUAUUACCAGCAACUUGUAGCAUCACAUUCUCAUUCUGCAACUUCAGUCUUUUUCAAGCAAAUUGAACUCGAUCUCCUUAGAACGAUGCCGAACAACAAGUUUUAUGAUAGACCGGAUGCUGAUGGGGUAACAAAACUCAGAAACGUUCUCAGAGCUUACGCGUGUCACAAUCCUGCAGUUGGUUAUUGCCAAGGUCUCAAUCGACUGGUAGCAAUAGCAUUGCUGUGUAUGGAUGAAGAAAAUGCUUUCUGGUGUCUCAUUGCUAUUGUGGAAGUCCUCAUGCCACCCGACUAUUACACUCAGACUCUGCUGGCAUCACAAGUCGAUCAGCGAGUAUUGAAAGAUGUUCUAUCGGAGAAGAUGCCUCAUUUGCAUGCACAUUUUGAUCACUACAGUGUUGAUCUCUCUCUAAUAACGUUCAACUGGUUUCUUACCGUGUUUGUAGACAAUACUCCCAUAGAGUUGGCGAUGAGAAUAUGGGAUUCUUUCUUGUAUGAAGGAUCAAAGGUUCUCUUUCGUUUUGCACUUGCAAUCUUCAAGUUUCACGAGGAGCCCCUACUGGCCAUAGACAACUCAAUGACUCUCUACAACUUUGCUCGUGUUAUUGCACACAAAUGUCAUGACCUCAAACGUCUCUCACACAUUGCUUUUAAUGAUAUGAAUCCAUUUUCUAUGAAGACUGUUACUGCAAAGAGAACGACAUAUACUGCUACCGUCAAGGCUGAACUACAAGAGCUCGAAAAUAUUCGUUCUCGAUGUCAGAAAAGAUACUCGUUUCAUGACAAUCACGGUAGUGGACGAGCAGGUAGUGAUGACGAAGGAUGACAAUUUAAUUCAAUUGUUUAUUGUCCAAUCUACGUGCUGUAUAUCCUGCUGGUCGGGUAAAUCAGUGAACUAUUAGAGAAUUUCUAGUAAACUAUUGAUUAGAUACAACAGUUGCAGUUUUGCUACUAUUCAGCAUCUCUG